AUGAAUGAGGACGCUGAAAAUUUGUUAAGCAAAACAUCAGAUAAUAACGAGUCUGCAGUGCUUUCCUUUAAAAAUGAAACAACAAAAUUAACAUUCGCCGAUGAUACUAAUAUUGAUAGCAAGGAUGGAACGAUCAGCAUUGAACCAAAAUAUGCAAGUGAGCUUAUAGGCAAAGUAUCAGAAAUGGAUCCAGCGGAACAUCGUAUUAGCUAUCGAGUUUAUCCACAGCGUUGGAUCGUUUUAGCAGUUGUUGCAUUAUUGAACAAUUCAAAUACAAUGUCAUGGAUUGCAUUUGCUUCUAUUUCCAAUUAUGUCGACGCUUUCUAUGGAAUGAAUAAAGCAGCGAAUUGGUUUUCACUGAUUUUUAUAAUCUGUACAAUACCGGUAGGCUUAUUCGGCAUAUGGAUGAGUAGUUCUUUUGGGCUUCGACUUGCCAUUCUCAUCGCAGCUUGGACAAACGGUAUUGGUGGCACUAUUCGUCUUAUUAGUUCAUUUUUGCCACUGCAAAUCCGCUUCCCCGUUGGGAUUUUUGGACAGGCAGUGGCUGCUUGUGCAUAUCCGUUUAUUAUGUUCCUUCCACCAAAAGUUGCGGGAUCAUGGUUUGCUGAAAAUCAAAGAACGUUAGCAACAACAAUUGGAAUUAUGGCAAAUCCGUUGGGGGUGCUGAUGGCAAAUGUUCUUUCUCCUCAUAUAGUUUCAGCUCCAGUGGAUGUAUUAAAAGUGAACAUUAUAACUUUUGUACCGUCUUUAUUGGCUUGUUUGUUAGCAACUUUCUGUGUUACUCGAUCGGGACCACAAAUAGCGCCAUCUCAAAGUGCUGCUCAACCGCAAAUGCCGUUCUUUCCUGGAAUCAAACAGUGUUUUACCAAUAAGGCAUACGUAUUGCUUUUCAUAGUGAUGGGUGGCGGGAUCGGCAUGUUUAAUUGUCUAUACACUGUCAUACAGCAGCUAUUAUGUGCAACGGGAUAUUCAAAUUCGUUCUCCGGAUUUUGCGCUGCGUUGAUGAUCAUUGGUGGAGUUUUCGGAGCUACCAUUGCAGGCAUGUUUGUUGAUCGAACUAAACUUUAUGAAGAAACCAUGAAAGUAUCCAUGUCUCUGGCUGUCAUUUUUGGGAUCAUAUUUUUGCAGUUAUCUCUGCAUUCUGGUCUCACUAUUUAUCUUGUAAUCACGGCUUUUCUCUUCGGUGUUUUCGGACUUGCAUCAUAUCCAGUUGGUUUAGAAUUAGCCUCCGAGUGUACUUUUCCGGUGUCUGAAACAACCUCAUCAGGCGUUGUAGUACUUAGUGGUCAGAUACAUUCAAUAAUUUACGUAGCUAUAAUGAGUUUACUCGCACGGCCAUUACAACAAGCAUAUAAAAAUAUUCAAGUUUGUACAGUUGAAGAUGCGAUUAAUUCUACCGCUGUACCGCAAGAUAACUCCAUCUCUGUUAUCGUAUUAUCAGCAAUAGCUGUCCUACUAGCUGUUAUGCUAGUGAUGUUUUUCAAACCAACUUAUAAACGCAUGAGAAUGGAGAAAAAUGGUUUACUAGUCACGAAUGAAAAAGGGGCAAGCGAAAUUCGUCAGCUGGACGAUUUGAAUCGAAUCAAAGACGAAUCUUUGAUACUCUUAGCAGCACAACAGAGUAGUACUUAA